CUAUGCCAUCCGUCAUCCGCAACAUCUUCCUUUGCCACCUAGCCCUCCACCUCAACCACUUGUUCUUAACCCUCUCUCAUUCUUCUUAGCACACCCGACCGACGGCAAUGACGAAGAUCCCAGCUUCCUCGAAAAGCCCACAACAUCAAAACAUCUGGGACCGCUCUGAGAGAGAGAGAUGGCGAGGAAGCCGACAUCUUUAACCUGAAGAAUUUGCUAGAAUCCUCCAGCUUUCUUUCGUCAAACAUUUCCGACUAUAAAAAUUAAAACCCAAAUACGAAAUCGGCGUGCAAUUUGGAUAUUAGAGAAUGCCAACAUGAACCAUACGGAUAUGGAAAUGAUGGAGGUGGAGACGACGGCGGCUGGCCGGCUGGAGCUGCUGUCCAGGACUGGCCAAGGUGACGUCUCCAGGGACUUGCUCACAUUGUCUCGCCAGCUCCUCAAUCAAGGCAAGCCUUCCCAGGCCCUCCAAGUGGUUGUUAUGGCAAUGAGAACAAGAGGUGGGGACGAGGCUGUAUUUCAGUCCUUGCAUCAUGCUCGUGAGCUGUACAGAAGUAGAUUGCAAGAAAGCUCUGCUGCUGAUCAACUAGCUUCUUUGUUUUCCGAAUGUGCAAUUGCCGAAGCUCAUCCUUGGAAGACUGAACCAGAAGCAGCAUAUAACGUGGGUGGUCCAUCGGUUGGUCUUGGACCUGAUGGUCAAGGAAGUUCCAUUCUAGCGGAAACUGGCAGGAUGCAGAUUGUUUUGGAUGCAUUUUCAGAUGGGAGUAGCUUCAUUUGUUUACAAUGCGAAGGUCUUGUUAGCAAUCAUCGCAAUAAACGCAGCACUCAAACUGAAACGACAAGCAGCAAUGACGACGGCAAAAGUCUCCGACAUCAAGGUUCUCAGCCUUCACGUCCUCAUCAGCAUCGACGAAGCUCGCUACCUACAAUUCCAGCUCCGUCCCUUACAGCAGACGCUCCCUCAGCAGCACCAGCAGCUACCUCACUCCUCCAAACCCCAUUUGCUGCACAUGGUGCGCACACCCGAAGCAAGGUGGCCUCUACCACUAGUCCACCUCCGCCAUUCUCGCCAGCAACGUCGUUUCCUAGCAGUUCAGCGCCCUCUUCCGUGCUCUCCUCUUUCCUCGUUCGAGCUUCCCAACUCCCAAAUCAACUUGUGGCAGUGCGAAAACCCUCAUGCAACAGCAUGCAGUGGCUUCCAUAGCAGCAACGAAGCAGCAAAGACAGCACGUGCAGUCCAGCAUCCCUUGCAGUGAUGAAGCUCAACCCAUUUGCAGCAGCUUUCGUGCAGUGAGCGUAGCAAACAGCAAAGGCAGUGCAACGGGUGUGCAGUGGCUGUACUCAGUGGCGGUGCUCGGUGGCAGUGCAACGGAUGCGCAGUGGCUGUGCUAGGUGGCAGUGCAACGAGUGUGCAGUGGUUGUGCUCUGUGGUUGGGCUCAAUAGGCUGUGCUCUGGGUUCUAGCUGGAUCCGACAUCAAGGUCACCUCCACGCCAGCCCGUAUUCGUCCACUCCUUCAACCGCACCAGCAAUGUCGUUCCCAAUAGUCCAGUGCCUUCCUCCAUGAUAUCCCCCAUCCAUAUAUAUAUAUA